AGAGCGAGUGAAUGAAGAGUCUAAAGAGAGAAUAAUUCCGACGCGAUGACGAACAAUCAAAUCUCAUCGGCGAUUGCGAACUUUUCCGACGGGAUGACGAACAAUCAAAUCUCAUCGGCGAUUGCGAACUUUUCCGACGGCAUUGACGAUGUUGAAGAUUUCGUCUGUGCGAAUGAGGGAGAAUCGUCGAUUUCGUACGAGAGAUUUCAACAAGUUUUCGAGUUUGUGCAGAGCGAAAAUCAAGCCUUUUGCCGAGGAAGAUUUGAGGAGUACUUUGGCGGAGUUACAACUGAAUUUUCUCAAAAUAAGCUUGAUGAGCUAGAGACUUGUGGAUCAAAUAUGUGGAUGAAUAUAAACAAGUGGAUGAAGAAGAAUUGGAAGAUAAUUUAGGAUGUGUGUAUUUUCUUUUUGAGCGGGAUUAGGGAUGUGCUUCUAUUUUUGUGUACAUGAAUUGGAAGAAACAAGCCUAGGUGUUCUAUUAUUUUUCAUAACUUAGUUGAAUUUUUGGAAUCUUUUAAACAUUAUAUGUGAUUUUGUAGUGAAAGAUAUUAAAUGAAUGAAAAAGUAUUCCAAUUUUAAA